GCCGUCGCUGGCGCUGCGCGGGCCGGACGGCUCCCUCGCCGACGCGGUGGCGGGGAUGCAGGGCUACACCAAGGUGAUGCUCGCCACCUUCAUGGCUGCGCUCGGGCUGCUGCUGCUCUCGGUGCUGUCCUUCACGUUUGGACACUCGCAGAUGGGGCCCUCCUCGCGCGUGGUGCUCUGCUCGACGAUCCUCGCGAUCAUCGGCGGCACCGUCCGGUACUCGCGCAUCGUCCUGCGCGUCUUCCGGCUGCCCGACGCUGCGGCGGUCUCGGGCGCAUUCUUCGACGAGCACGGCGCCUGCAGCACCGGCACCGCUUGCUGUAGCACCGGACCGGGCGCGGCUCUCGCGGAUGCUGACGGCGAGGACGGCGACGGGGCGGUCGCGGUCGGGGCGUCGCUUUUGCCGCGCCGCAGCCAGCAGAGGUCGUCCUCCGGACGGAGCCGAGGGAGCGGCCGGCGCAGCAGCGGGCUGGUGUCGGCCGCGUUCGGGUCGCUGUUGGGGGCCGGGCCGGGCAGGAACUUGGACGUCGGCUGCCGAGAGAAGCAAAAGGCCAGAGGGCCGGCCUCGGCCAGUUCAGAGCUGAGGCCGCUCUUUUAUGGCGGUACAGAGGAUUGACUCCGGUUCUGUAGUUUAGCGUUCCGUCAGUUUGCUGUCGACACUCGCUGCUCCUUGCUGCGCCCGUCUUCCGCGUGAGGCGUGUGUGCACAUGACAACAUACAACA